CAUAGCUCAGCACAGUGGUGUGACAUUGACAGUAUUGCGAUUAAAUUUUUAAUUGAAAAAUUUUUUUCGUUGUUUUUGGAAAAAAAAUAUACUGUGCAUGUUUCGUAUUCAAAAUACAUUUUCACUUAAAGAAGAAGCGUUGAAGCUGCUCAUUGAUUUAGAGCUAGUUUUAAGUGUUAUUUCAUCUAUGUUAAAGUCUCAUGAAAACAUGCAUUUCAGUGUUAAUAUAUCAAAUGCUUUACAGCAAAUAGAAAGCGUAAAAACAGCUGUUGAUCAAAGCGACGAUGCUAAAUUAAAGGCUGCAACUAAUGAUGACUUAAAUAUGCUUAUAAAUUUAUUGGAAAGUCCAAUAUUACGGAGCAUUGUCACACUACAUGAUUCUGUUAGCAUGUUGGCUACACAGGUGGCACACCAUCCUUCUAUAAUUCCAGCAGAUUUUGAUAUAACUCCUGCAGGUGAACUGGCAAUUCAAAGCAGAAAUUUAUAUGGUUCACAUGAAGGGGAGGAAGAACAAACGGUACCCCAAGUUUCACCACCUCAAAGUUUAGAGUUUGGAUCUAAUUCAGAUAAUGAAAGAAUACUAGGUCUUGAUUCAGCAUCUGUUGAUUCAAAUAUGUCUCCUAAACAGACUAGAGGACUGUUAGAGAUGGGUCGAAAUGAUGACUCAAUAGCAUCAACAUCAAACAAUAUUGUGGCUGGUGACUGGGCUCAGGUGGAAAUUAUAAACUUAGUUAAUGAUGGCACUGGUCUGGGAUUUGGAAUAAUUGGAGCCAGAACAAGUGGAGUGAUUGUUAAGACCAUACUUGCUGGUGGCGUCGCCGAUCGCGAUGGAAGGCUCAAAUCUGGUGAUCAUAUUCUACAAAUUGGUGAUGUGAGUCUAAUGGAGAUGGGUUCAGAGCAAGUGGCAGGCGUGCUCCGCGCGUCCGGUUCGCGCGUGCGUCUCGUGGUAGCGCGCGCGGUCGACCCCACCGCUGUGCACGCGUCUAACGCUCCUAUUGUACCCGCUAGACUUCUUUCGAGUCCAGAAGCACUAGAUCGUUAUUUAAUGGAGGCUGGUUUUGAGCAAGUAUUCCACACACAACCUACACCUUUGAGCAACAACUCAAACUCUUCUAGAUUUGUCUUUGAUAAAUCUAUAACGCCACCACUAGAAAGUGAUGCUGAAUCGCCUGAAGCUGACAGAUUUACGGUACAAUUGAAGAAAGAUGAAAAUGGCUUGGGCAUCACUAUUGCAGGUUAUGUGUGCGAGAAGGAAGAACUUUCUGGAAUAUUCGUGAAGUCGGUGACACCAGGCAGUGCGGCGGCGCUCAGUGGCAAGGUGCGGGUCAAUGACCGCAUCGUGGCGGUGGACGGAGUGUCGCUCGCGGGCAAGUCCAACCAACGGGCCGUGGAUGCGUUGAAACAAAGCGGGAAUAUUGUCACGCUGGAGCUGGAGAGAUACCUGCGCGGGCCGAAGUUCGAGCAGCUGCAGCAGGCGAUAGCGGCGGGCGAGAGUGCGGCCAGCGCGCCGGUCGCACAGAACAACCCCUUCCUGCAUAUGCAUAGAGCUGAUAAUUCCGACUCCAGCGACCAUCAUAUACAGAUGACGCAUUUGAACACGGUUGAGAAUAAUGCGGAUGAAUUGAGUGAAAGUGGUCGCAGUUCGGCAUCUACAAUUCAUCGUCCACAACCAGCUUUUGAGAUGCCUCGUACUCAAGAGCAAAAAGAUGCUAUUAAAAGAAAAUGGCAAGCUAUUUUAGGCGAGGACGUGGAGAUAGUGGUGGGCGUGGUGGUCCGCGGCGGCGGCGGGCUGGGCAUCUCGCUGGAGGGCACCGUGGACGUGGAGGGGGGGCGGGAGGUGCGGCCGCACCACUACGUGCGUUCCGUGCUGCCCGAGGGGCCCGUCGGCCGCGCCAACGUGCACCGCCCCGGCGACGAGCUGCUCGGUACCCGCACAUACACACAUACAGACAUACACACGCACCACUACGUGCGCUCCGUGCUGCCCGAGGGGCCCGUCGGCCGCGCCAACGUGCACCGCCCCGGCGACGAGCUGCUCGGUACCCGCACAUACACACAUACAGACAUACACACGCACCACUACGUGCGCUCCGUGCUGCCCGAGGGGCCCGUCGGCCGCGCCAACGUGCACCGCCCCGGCGACGAGCUGCUCGGUACCCGCACAUACACACAUACAGACAUACACACGCACCACUACGUGCGCUCCGUGCUGCCCGAGGGGCCCGUCGGCCGCGCCAACGUGCACCGCCCCGGCGACGAGCUGCUCGGUACCCGCACAUACACACAUACAGACAUACACACGCACCACUACGUGCGCUCCGUGCUGCCCGAGGGGCCCGUCGGCCGCGCCAACGUGCACCGCCCCGGCGACGAGCUGCUCGGUACCCGCACAUACACACAUACAGACAUACACACGCACCACUACGUGCGCUCCGUGCUGCCCGAGGGGCCCGUCGGCCGCGCCAACGUGCACCGCCCCGGCGACGAGCUGCUCGGUACCCGCACAUACACACAUACAGACAUACACACGCACCACUACGUGCGCUCCGUGCUGCCCGAGGGGCCCGUCGGCCGCGCCAACGUGCACCGCCCCGGCGACGAGCUGCUCGGUACCCGCACAUACACACAUACAGACAUACACACGCACCACUACGUGCGCUCCGUGCUGCCCGAGGGGCCCGUCGGCCGCGCCAACGUGCACCGCCCCGGCGACGAGCUGCUCGGUACCCGCACAUACACACAUACAGACAUACACACGCACCACUACGUGCGCUCCGUGCUGCCCGAGGGGCCCGUCGGCCGCGCCAACGUGCACCGCCCCGGCGACGAGCUGCUCGGUACCCGCACAUACACACAUACAGACAUACACACGCACCACUACGUGCGCUCCGUGCUGCCCGAGGGGCCCGUCGGCCGCGCCAACGUGCACCGCCCCGGCGACGAGCUGCUCGGUACCCGCACAUACACACAUACAGACAUACACACGCACCACUACGUGCGCUCCGUGCUGCCCGAGGGGCCCGUCGGCCGCGCCAACGUGCACCGCCCCGGCGACGAGCUGCUCGGUACCCGCACAUACACACAUACAGACAUACACACGCACCACUACGUGCGCUCCGUGCUGCCCGAGGGGCCCGUCGGCCGCGCCAACGUGCACCGCCCCGGCGACGAGCUGCUCGGUACCCGCACAUACACACAUACAGACAUACACACGCACCACUACGUGCGCUCCGUGCUGCCCGAGGGGCCCGUCGGCCGCGCCAACGUGCACCGCCCCGGCGACGAGCUGCUCGGUACCCGCACAUACACACAUACAGACAUACACACGCACCACUACGUGCGCUCCGUGCUGCCCGAGGGGCCCGUCGGCCGCGCCAACGUGCACCGCCCCGGCGACGAGCUGCUCGGUACCCGCACAUACACACAUACAGACAUACACACGCACCACUACGUGCGCUCCGUGCUGCCCGAGGGGCCCGUCGGCCGCGCCAACGUGCACCGCCCCGGCGACGAGCUGCUCGGUACCCGCACAUACACACAUACAGACAUACACACGCACCACUACGUGCGCUCCGUGCUGCCCGAGGGGCCCGUCGGCCGCGCCAACGUGCACCGCCCCGGCGACGAGCUGCUCGAGGUGAACGGGCACCGGCUACUCGGCAUGAACCACCUGGAAGUAGUGUCGAUCCUCAAGGAGCUAUCGAGCGAGGUGUGCAUGGUGUGCGCGCGGCCCCGCCCCGCGCCGCAGCUCGACCUCGCACCGCCUGCGCAUACACUUGUCAAGGCGAAAUCGGAUGGAAGUCUGGCUGGUGCGGGUGCAGGUGGCGGUGAAGAGGGCGGAGCGCUGGGGGCUGCGGGGAAAGUGCGUUCCCGCAGCCUCGAGCCGCUCACCGGCCUCGCUAUGUGGGCCUCCGAGCCGCAGAUUAUUGAGCUGGUGAAGGGCGAGCGUGGGCUGGGCUUCUCGAUCCUGGACUACCAGGACCCGCUGCGGCCGGCGCACACGCUGGUGGUGAUCCGCUCGCUCGUGCCCGGCGGCGUCGCGCAGCAGGACGGCCGGCUCAUACCCGGCGACCGCCUGCUCUUUGUUAACGAACAGAAUUUAGAAAACGCAAGUCUAGAGCAAGCGGUAGCAGCAUUGAAGGGAGCUCCUCGAGGCAUAGUUCGUAUCGGCGUGGCUAAACCCCUCCCCCUAGCUGACCACCCCCCACCACCGCCAACCACACCCCCUCCCACUUCAUAAACAAUUUUAGUUCAAUACAAUAUGACUUUAUUGACCAUAUUGCGUUAUGCUAUUGAAGAAGUAUAGGCCAAUUGACUCUAUUGAUUUUACGUUUUUAAAUUCACACUUGACUAGAAUAAUUCUUGCAUAUGCACUUUAAAGUGGAUUUUCAUUUAUGUUAUUUCAUAUUUGUGUUUAAUCUGACGAGAGAAAUAGUUCAAAUGUAUAAGUAUUUUGCUUAAAAUUUAAGAGCAACCUAGUUUUUAAGUUUCUGUAGGUAUUUUCCAUUGUAUUACACAUUCCUUAUCAGUAUUUUUGUCUCGGUUCUGUACUUAAUCUACAUUUAAUUAUAGUUUUAUAUCAUGCAAAUUAUUUAUGGCACAUCAUAAAAUAAUAUUUAAUAACGUCAUUUUAUCGUUAUCUAUCUGAAUAACCCCCUAAGCUCGGAUCAGUGCCAAUGUAGGAAUUUACGUUUGAUAAAUGAAUAUAAAUGUAUUAAUUUUUAUCACUAGACUUUAUUGAAUGUUAUCAUUCCAAAAUAUAUGUAAGUUAUUUGGAAUAAAUGUUUAAAAUUA